AUGGCCCAUCGCAUAAUAACACAAGUCGUCUUCUCCGGCGCUCGAAUAAUAGGCCGUGCCGUCUCUGAAUCCUAUCGUCAAGCCGCCGCUUCACAGAAAUACGCAGCCGCCAGUCAAAAUGGUGGAGGCAGUGGUGGCGCCUUUUCAUCCUCCAACAUCACCAUGGACGAGGCCUGCCAAAUCCUCAACGUCGGUCCCGGGAAGAUGGGCAACAUCGAGCUAGAGGCUGUCACAGAGCGUUUCAAGAGGCUUUUUGAUCUGAACGAUCCGAAGAAGGGCGGAAGUUUCUACUUGCAGAGCAAAAUAUUGAGGGCGCGAGAGAGGAUCGAGAGGGAGCAUGGGUUGGGUCGCGCUCACCCCACAAACCCACGGGCCGCGCUAGAGUCUUGGCUUACUCGCAUUCUGUUUCGACAAAUCUUUCGCGCCCAAGAACCGUGGUUCAUUCGCAUCACACCGCUAUCGAUCAUCCGCCCACAACAAACCAACUCAUCCAUUGCGCGCGACAACCCCACCUCACUGCAAACGCGACUCAACAUGGGAGACUCAUAUCGCCCAGCGCGGCGCCCGCCACCGCUUGUAGACCGUAUGACCUUCACUGGCAAUGAUCGCGACAACUAUCGACCAGGCGGCGCGCGCAACGGCAACCAGCCCCAAUUCACUUUUGAGUCUAGCCAUCCUGCCCCCCGCUUUCCGCCUGCUGGAGACGCCAACGUACCGCGUGGCCCUGCGUCAUCAAGAAGGCGCGGCCGUGGUGGGGCCUCGCGAGGCUCGUCUCGUGCGGAUGGCAGGAACAACGCAAACGGCUAUCGUCGGGGCGGUUUCAAGAAGGCUGCCCCUCAUGAGCGCGCCCUUCUUAAGCACCAAGACGAGGGUAGUCCGGAGCGCGCACUGGGUGUCGGAGACGGUCCUAACCGGUUUCUUAACCCGGACGACCUGUCUGAUGACGAAGAAGCAGAUAUGUCAGUAGAGAGUGGCGACUCUGCCGAUGGAGAUCGCGAAGGUGGUGCGCGGGAGCCCAAGGCAGCCCGGACGCAAACCAAGCGUGCUGAUGGCGACUCUGUUCCCAAGUGGUCCAACCCUGACCCGUACACCGCCUUGCCGCCUCCCGAUGAAACUACAGGCAAGAGAACCGACUUUGUCAAGUUGAUUCGAAAAGCAAAGAACGAAGAGGCAGAGAAGACUGCUGGACACAACUCAGUUGUUGCCAACGACGACUUCAUCUCGUUUGGUGAUGAUGAUGACGACAAUGAUCCUGAUACUGUUCAGGGCUCCUUGAGCGAAAUUGCACACAUUGACAGCAUCGUUAAUAGGCAACAAGCUGCACUAGCCGAACAUCGGGCACCUCGUCCUGCGAGGAACAACAAGCGCAAGGUCACCAUGAGCGGCGUAGUAGAUGAAUGGUUGCCCGUCCCUAACAUCAAUCCAACGCCGUGGCUGCCCUCACGCGACCCUUACGCACAUCUUGCUACCGAACCCGAGAAGUGGCUUCACAACGAGAUUCUCGACUUCUAUGACUUCGUCGCGCCCAAGCCCUUCGAGCACGAACAGCGUAAUAGGCUGGUCAACCGUGUCAACAGCGCCAUGGGCCAACGCAGGUUUCCUCAAGAGAACGGACGCAUCUUGUGUUUCGGUUCCUUCCCUGCAGGUCUCUACUUGCCCACAGCCGAUAUGGAUCUAGUAUAUGUCUCCGAUAGGCAUUACAACGGUGGGGAGGCCGUCGUGGACAUGUCUGGGAGGAACGCCAACAAGAGCCUGCUUUACAAGGCAGCUAGGAGGCUCAAAGACACCAAAUUGGCAGCCAAUGGCCAUGCCCAGGUCAUUCCUGCACGUGUUCCCAUUAUCAAGUUUGAAGACGCUCUCACGGGGCUUCAAGUUGACAUCUCUUUUGAGAAUUUGAGCGGAGUGCAAGCGCAAGCCACAUUCGCACAGUGGAAGCAACAGUAUCCGGACAUGAUAUAUAUGGUAGCACUCAUGAAGCAGUUCCUUGUUAUGCAUGGACUGAACGAAGUUCAUACUGGCGGGAUUGGAGGGUACAGUAUCAUCUGCUUAAUUGUCAGCUAUAUUCAGCAUUCUCCUAAACCGGACAAUCUCGGAGAAUGUUUCCUAGGAUUCCUAAGGUACUACGGCGAUUUUGAUUUGGCCCGGAAACGCAUCCAGAUGCACCCACCAGCGAUCAUUGAAAAGACCCACUAUGGCAUUGAUGGCCGCCCAGAGAGGUACGACGGUCUUUCCAUCCAGGAUCCUAACCGUCCCGAAAACAACAUCUCUGGUGGAUCCCACAAGGUUCAGCUUGCAUUUGAUGCCUUCAAAGAAGCGUACCUCACCCUCGAAGACCGCAUGCAGGCCGCCCGCUCCGGACAGAACAUCGGACCCAGCAUCCUAGAAUGUGUCUUUGGUGGUAACUACGAAACAUACACAAAGCAACGAGACCACAUGAGGAAACUCAAGUGA